AUGUUCGACCUGGAGGAGAGCAAGUACCAGCAGGCGGAGUGGAGGCUCUCCAUCUACGGCCGCAAAAAGUCCGAGUGGGACGACCUGGCGAAGUGGGCGCUGAUGAACAACGUCUACUCGGACACGGUGCGCUGGGUGAUACAGAUUCCCCGACUCUACGACGUCUACCGCGCCAACAACAUCGUCGAGAACUUUGAGCAGAUGCUGGAGAACCUCUUUCUGCCCCUGUUUGAGGUGACCAACAACCCGAACUCGCACCCGGAGCUGCACGUCUUCCUCCACUACGUCAUUGGCUUCGACUCGGUGGACGACGAGUCGAAGCACGAGAAUCCAAUGUUCGACAAGGACAUUCCCAUGCCGCAUCGGUGGUCGCACGAGGAGAACCCUCCAUACAACUACUACCUGUACUACAUGUACGCGAACAUGGUGACGCUGAAUCACUUUCGCCGCGACCGCGGCUUCAACACCUUCGUCCUGCGGCCGCAUUGCGGUGAGGCGGGCAACAUUCAGCACCUGAUCGGCGGGUUCCUCCUCGCGGAGAACAUCAGCCACGGGCUGCUGCUGCGCAAGGUGCCGGUGCUGCAGUACCUCUACUACCUGGCGCAGAUUGGCAUCGCCAUGUCGCCGCUGAGCAACAACUCGCUCUUUCUCAACUACCACCGCAAUCCGCUGCCGGAGUUUCUCAGUCGCGGGUUGAUGGUCAGCCUCAGUACGGAUGAUCCGCUGCAGUUUCACUUUACCAAGGAACCCCUCAUGGAGGAGUACUCCAUCGCCGCGCAGGUGUGGAAACUGAGCAGCUGCGACAUGUCGGAGCUGGCCCGGAACUCCGUUCUGAUGUCGGGCUUCCCCCAUGAGUUUAAGCAGCACUGGAUCGGCGCCAACUACGCGCGCGAGGGCGUCGAGGGCAAUGACAUUCAGCGGACGAAUCUGCCCGGCAUUCGCGUCAGCUUCCGCUACGAGUCGCUGCUGGACGAGCUGAAUCACCUGCACGACAGUGCCCACCACCCGCAGCUGCUGACGGCGGCGCUGAAGAAGGAGGCGGGCGUGGCUGCUGCGGCUGCUGCUUCAGCUGCUGCUGCUGCUACUUCGGCUGAUAAGACGGCGGCUGAUAAGGAGAAGGUGGCUGCCACUAAUGGGCUGCCUAAUGUCAAUGGAACCGGCGGAGGAGGUGGUGGUGGUCCGUCGAAGCCGUAA